CGACAGAGAGAGUGAGGAAGGGAGGAGAGAGAGGAUGUAGAGAAUUACUUCCAAAGAGUCAUACCAAGAUAGGAAUUAGAAUAGGUAGCGGUGGGGAGAAAGCGAGACAGUGAGUGAGAGAGAGGGAGAGAAAGGGAGAGAGGGUUAAUCUAAAGUGAGCCAACUCGGAGGGAAUAUCAUGGCAGAAAACAACACAAAUCUUUUCCUGGAAAUACUUCAGUCUUUUGAUGUUGUCCCCCUGAUCAUCGCCUUCUGUGUGUCCAUCGCGGUGGGCCUGCUCCUGGGGACUCUGAUCUACGUCCUCCUCACCUGGCUGUCCCGGCGGCGAGCGGGCUCCGCCGUCAUCACCCGGCGCCCGUUGUACCGCCCGGCGCUCGUGUCCCCGCGCGCCCGCCCGGGCUUCAGCCGCAACAGCAGCUACGACCGGCGCAGCAACAACAGCCUGGUGAGCGCCGCCUUCAGCUUCCACCGGCAGCUCUCCCCGCCCGGGGACCAGGCCGACCCGCUGGGCCGCAAGUCCAGCUUCAGGGCCUCCACCUUCUACCCGCUGCGCCAGUGCAGCCAGAUCGCCCGCGAGGCCGAGGAGGGCAGCCCCGGCGCGCUUCCCCGGACCCAGAGCCUGACGGCCACGCCGGGGUCCGCUCACACCGCGGUGGGGACCCCCACGACGGCCACCGCCGCGGCAGCCCCAGCCAGGCCAGAGUCCUUCUGGGGUCACGGCGGGGUCAGGGGCUUCCAGGCCACACAGACUCCGCCUCCGGCCUAUGAGAGCAUCGUCAAGGCUUAUCAGGAGACACGCACCUGAGAAGAGACCAGGACUGGUGUGAGACUGUGUGUGUGUGUGUGUUGUGUUGUGUUGUGUUGUGUGUGUUUGUGUGUGUGUGGGCGCUGAAGAUGGAUUUAGUAACUCAUGACGGAAUAUCGAUGAGGAGGAGGACGCAGGGUAUGGAAUGCAUAAGGAAUGCAGAGUGAAAGACUUUGAGAUGUCCAGCCCUACAUCUUAGGGCUGGACAUCUACUGAAUGAACAAGUGACCAGGAUUGAAUAAGUGAUCAGAUUUUGAUUUGACAUAAAGUAUCUAUUUUGUAAGAUAGAUGUGUGAAAACUAGAAAGUAAUGUAAUGUAAUUACCAGAAAGUGACAAUGUUUGCACAUGUAUAGACCAAAACAGCACAGUGCUUAUAGCAUCAUUUAUAAUGUUGCAUGAUACGAUGAACCAUGUGUUUAUGAUAUUUAACUUAAUGAUGGAUCAGUAUAACUGGUGGUGGUCAUGGUGCAAUGCUUUUGUACACUACUUUCAUAACUUUUACCAUUAAAAUACUUUUACAUCUUGCAGAUAUGAUGGGUUGUGUAAGC